AUGGCCCUCACCUUGGAAUCAGAGCUGCUCGUGGAGGACAGCGACAAUGAGAGACCCAAGUGGGACAACAAGUUCCAGUACCUCCUGAGUUGCAUCGGGUUUGCUGUGGGGCUGGGGAACAUCUGGAGGUUCCCAUACCUGUGCCAGACCUACGGAGGAGGUGCCUUCCUCAUCCCUUACGUCAUCGCUCUGAUCUUUGAGGGGAUCCCACUCUUCCACAUUGAGCUCGCCAUCGGCCAGCGCCUGCGAAAGGGCAGCAUUGGAGUGUGGACAGCCAUCUCCCCCUACCUUGGUGGAGUAGGGCUGGGCUGCUUCACUGUGUCAUUCCUGGUCAGCCUCUACUACAACACCAUCCUGAUGUGGGUGCUCUGGUACUUCCUCAACUCCUUCCAGCACCCGCUGCCCUGGAGCUCCUGCCCCCUGGCCCUUAACAGAACAGGGUUUGUGGAGGAAUGCCAGAGCAGCGGUGCCGUGAGCUACUUCUGGUACCGACAGACGCUGAACGUGACAGCUGACAUCAAUGACAGCGGGGCCGUGCAGGGGCGGUUGCUUGUCUGCCUGGCCGCCUGCUGGGCGGUCGUGUACCUCUGUGUCAUCAGAGGCAUUGAGUCCACCGGGAAGGUGAUUUAUUUCACAGCCCUGUUCCCAUACCUGAUCUUGACAGUCUUUCUUAUCCGAGGACUUACGCUGCCUGGGGCGAAGGAAGGACUGGUCUACCUGUUCACCCCCAAUAUUCAGGUCCUCCAGAACCCGAGGGUAUGGCUUGACGCAGCCACCCAGAUAUUCUUCUCUCUGUCCCUGGCCUUUGGAGGACACAUCGCAUUUGCAAGUUACAACCCGCCCAGGAACGACUGUGAGAAGGACGCUGUGACCAUUGCCCUGGUGAACAGUAUGACCUCCCUCUACGCUUCCAUUGCGGUCUUCUCUGUCGUAGGCUUCAAGGCGACCAAUGACUAUGGGCACUGCCUGGACAGGAACAUCCUGAGCCUCGUCAACGCCUUUGACCUCCCGGAUCAGAGCAUCUCCAGGGAUGACUACGCAGCUGUGCUCUCGCACCUGAAUGCCACCCAGCCUACACGGGUGGCCCAGCUGCUCCUGGGGAGCUGCCGUCUGGAGGACUUUCUGGACAAGAGCGCCUCGGGCACGGGCCUGGCCUUCAUCGUUUUCACCGAGGCCAUCCUCCACAUGCCGGGGGCUCCCGGCUGGGCUGUGCUCUUCUUUGGGAUGCUCUUCACCUUGGGCCUGUCGUCCAUGUUUGGGAACAUGGAGGGAGUCAUCACACCGCUGCUGGAUCUGGGGGUCCUGCCCAGAUCGGUCCCCAAGGAGGUUCUGACCGGGCUGGCCUGUCUGACCUGCUUCCUGACUGCACUCUGCUUCACUCUGCAAUCCGGGAACUACUGGCUGGAGAUCUUUGACAACUACGCUGCCUCCCUGAAUCUCAUUGUCUUCGCCUUCUUCGAGGUCAUUGGGGUCGUGUAUGUUUAUGGGAUGAAACGGUUUUGCGAUGACGUGCAGUGGAUGACCGGGAGGCGGCCGGGCCUCUACUGGCAGGUGACCUGGAAGCUCAUCAGUCCCCUGCUGUUGCUGUCCAUCUUUGUGGCCUACAUUGCGCUCCUGGCCCGAAAGCCGCCAAGUUACAGGGCCUGGAACCCCCAAUACGAACAGUUCCCAUCGAGACAGGAGAAGCUCUACCCAGGCUGGGUGCAGGUCACCUGCGUGCUGCUGUCCUUCCUGCCCUCCCUGUGGGUGCCGGCCAUCGCACUGGUCCAGCUGUUUGCCCAGCGACGAAUACAAAAGCAGCAGGACAUGGAUCCCCAGUUGCAGGGUGGUCAUGCUUGCUGA